AUGUGCGAUUUCGCCGGGUCUGUUAUUGUUUCGAACAACGAUGACAUGGACAGCUUCGUAUCUGAUGACUUUAUUUCAGUCAAGUUCGAUAUUGCUCGCUUCGGCUCGAUGAUGUACGAGGUCACAUCCGGAAGCCGAUACGGAUUCUACGUUGUACCUGAAAUCGAGACCGAUGUCGAUGAGAACCCUGAGUCCAAGACAUUUAAGGCCUGGCCAACUGCUGAGGAAUUUUCUAAACACGAAUAA